GCCGGCCCCUUGGUUUAACCACCGGAGCCCAUCCAUCCCUGAGAACCGGCUCGUGUUAGCGCUUGGCGACUCGCCCCAUCCAGGUUCCAGUAAUCGGCCUCGGGGUGGAGUUCGUUUGUAGUUCUUGGGGUUUGUUUUUUUUUAAGUGCGGUUUUUGUCGUUGUUGUUCCCAGAAACACUUGGUUGAACCUUCCUUGCUGACCGGACCAACACUCCUUACAGCUCCUUUCCUUGUACUGACCAGGUCUUACGUGCCCAUUUAAAAAUAUGGACCCCUCGUAGAAAGCUAGAAGGCAGUGACUCUUAGAAUUGUGAUAAAUUAGCACCCUCGGCUAACCUCGAAGAGUACAGGUGUAGCAUACAUUUAGAAGUAUUGAACAUCUACUACGUGGAAGGCAGAUGCUAAGGCAUAAAAGAGGUGAACCAGAAAGGGAGAAAGACAGUAGAAUGUCAGGCAACAAAGAAAGGAAGAGUCAAGGAGUUCCUGAAGAAGCUCUGGCUAACCAAGGCACAUCUUCAUUAACUGAUGCAGUAGAACAAGUUGCAAAGCAACAACAAUCACAAACAUCAGAAAUAGAAAAAAACAAAAAAGUUCUAUUACAUUUGCAGAGUGAACUCCGUGAGCUUAAAAACCAAAUAGCAUCUGUCUCUGCAGAAACUAAAGAAACAGAAAGGCAAAUUUAUCAGCAGGAUGCUGCCAUAGAGAAUGCCAAACUUCAGUGUGGGAAUCUGGAAACUCAAAUCAAAUCCUUACAUACAGAAAAUGUAAAGCUUCAAUUUGACAUAGAAGCAGCCCAGGAACACUUUGAGGAAUAUAUGAUAAAAUAUAAUGAAUAUUAUACAAAAAUAAAAGCGCAUAAAGAUAGUUUGGUGGAGGUAGAAAGCAAAUGGUCACUGAUGACUGCACUCCAUGAAAAACGAGAGCUUGUUAAAAAACUAAAAACAAUGAAAGAGGAACUUAUGCAAAAUCUCCAAAAUCCAGAAGGAAAUCACAUAAAACAAGUACAGGAAGAUAUUACAAAGCUAAAGGAUACAAUUAUCACUGUAAAAGAAUCUAUCAUUGAAAAAACUUAUUUUCUUGAGGAAGAAAAAAAGACACAUGAAAAAUUAAGAAAAGAAAUAGAGGUGCACAUGGAACAUUCAACAAGAUAAUAUACUAGGAAUACUUUGAAAUACUUAGAGUGUCUUGGUCCCUUUUCCCCUGCUUUUGCUGCUGCUGCUGCUGCUACUGCUACUGCUGCAUAAUUGUGUUUCAAUAUAAUUGAUUUACUUUGUAAUUGUGUAUGUUUUAUUUUAUGCAUUAAAAACAUUAUUCUAAAGUGUCCACAGCCUUCACCAUACUACCCAUGGCAUAAUAAAGAACCCAUGGCAUAAUAAAGGCAAAGAAGCUGUGAGCUAAGGGAGGAACUUAGAAAGGUAAUAACCUUUGCUGAGGGAAAAGCAGAGAGAUGUGAAGAGAUUUGAACCCUUACACAGCAAUCAUGGGACUGUAAAAAUGGUGCAGUCACUAUGGAAAACAGUCUGACAAUUCCUCGAAUGGUUGAACAUAGAGUUACCAUAUGAUCCCUCCUUAGGUAUAGACCCUAGAGUGGAAUAUUAUUUGGCAAGAAAAAGGAAUGAGAUUCGAAUACUUGUUACAACAUGGAAGGCCCUUAUAAAGGUUAUGCUUUCUUUGCCACAUCUAUUGCGAGAAUGAAAACCAUUCUCAGCAAUCAGACUGUUGACAUUCCAGAAAAUGUUGACAUCACCCUGAAGGGACACACUGUGAUCAUGAAGGGCCCCAGAGGAACCCUGCAAAGGGACUUCAAUCACAUCAAUGUAGAACUCUGUCUUCUUGUAAAGAAGAAGAGGCUCCGAAUUGACAAAUAGUGGGGAAAUAGAAAACAACUGGCUACCGUUUACACGAUCUGUAGUCACGUACAGAACAUGAUCAAGGGCAUUACACUGGGCUUCCAUUACAAGAUGAGGUCGUUGUAUGCUCACUUUCCCAUCAACAUUGUUAUUCAGAAUGGUUCUCGUGUUGAAAUCCGAAAUUUCUUAGGUGAAAAAUAUAUUCGCAGGGUUCGGAUGAGGCCAGGUGUUGCUUGUUCUGUAUCUCAAGCCCCAAAAUAGUUAAUUCUUGAAGGAAAUGACAUUGAACUUGUUUCGAACUCAGCUGCUUUGAUUUAGCAAAUGAUAACUGUUAAAAACAAGGAUAUCAGAAAAUUUUUGCAUGGUACCUUUGUUUCUGAAAAAGGAACAGUUCAGCAGGCUGAUGAAUAAGAUCUAAGAUGUCCAGCAACAGAAACAGCAAGAUGCCAGAUGAUUUUUCAGACUUAUUUGUGAUACCUUAAGAAUGCAAUAAAAAUUAUACUGAAAAAA